AAAUGAGCAAGGGAAACUCAAAAGCCCGGUAUGUAGGUGUCUCCCUCAUUAAUUAGUCUUCUUGCUUCCAGGAAUUCUUCACCAUUAUUACUUAAGUCUCAUCUUAAUUAAGCUGUGACCUGCUGUCCUUCAGCUUCUUGAAGACUUGGUGUAAGAUUCGUACCUUCCAAGGGAGUGACCAUGGACUCCUUUCCAAGUCAGUGGGGAGAAGCAUAAAUUGCAUCAUCUAAAAUAGUCUGGACUUCCUGUUCCCUAGAAUAACUUGCCUCCUCCUCUGAACUUUGAACUCAGAAAAUAAUCUUCAAAUGUUGAAGAAAGAAAGGUGUUUUGAGUUCAGAGGUGUAAAUCCAGCAGAGAUCUAUUCUGUAAAGAUUCCGCAUGCUUUUAAAGCAACUGCUGUGUCAGGGAAGAGGAAAAAGUUUAAGGGAGAGAAACCAAUACCUGUUGCAUCCUCCUUAUGAGAGCUGUUGGUUCAGAAAUGAAAUGUUAGGCCAUGCUUGCUGGACCUCCCACAGACCUUUUCCAAAUUACCUGCUUACCUAGAGACAUCCUGAUAAAACCUACAGUCAGUGGUACUUAGGACAGUCAAAAUAUUUAAAUAAAAACAUCAGUAAAACAACCAAUAAAUUUCUGAGUUUCCACAUUUCCAGUUUCACCCCCAAGGCUGAGUCCUCCUAAAUGGAAAACUCAAUCCAGGCAGGUCAGAACCAAAUAACCAUCAUUUAAGUUGGACUUUUCUCACUCCCACUACAGUAGAGCCUUUGUCUCACUGCUUCUGGUUACAGCAGUGGCCACAUAAAUUAAUGAUUCAUCACUUUCCAACCUGCACUCUUCUCAUGCAGAAGACACAGGAUGACUUUCACAAACAUCCUUAACACCUACAAGACCUCAAAAUGCACAGGUGACUACAAUAUUAAUUAGAUCAUGCUGACCUCAAAGAGGCUGAAGGAUCACAAGUUCUGGAAAGGCCUGUUUAAAGAAACAAGCUUUGAAACUCCCUCAAAUUUUGGACAGCCUCAACUCUGCAAGAGAUUUAAGAAUGAAUUAUCUGGAUCAAACUUCCCACAUAAAGCAUUUUAUUAUUUUAAAAUGGAGAAUGUGGUGGGGGGAAAAGAAUCAUGUAGCAAUAUGACAGGAGAUCAGAAAUGUUUCGGAUUGUUCUGGCAAGGACUCUCCUGCUCUAGAGAGUCUGGUAGUUUCACCCAAUGCUUCCCAGAACCCCAGAGAUCAGGGGGCGUUCCUUAUGUCGCUCCAAGGAUGACAUUUUAGGAACAUGAAGUUUUGACAUGGAUUGACACAUCAUUAGUGGUAUUUUGAAAAACCAGCACCAUUCAGUCUUACUGCUACACUGACCUUCUGGUCUGUGCAUAUACUCUCCAAUCAAGACAAAACAGACCAAAAAGCACAUAAGACAGACAUAACCUCUGGAGUAACUGUGGUAACUGUUCCCAUGAUCGUGUUCAUGGGAUCCUUUUGGAGACGGUGCCAGGCGCAGGCUGUGUUGGACACCCUGCCCUCGGCCUCACAACAGUAACCUGCACACAGUCGCUGAGAGCUCCCCUUCGGUAACGAGGGAUUCCCUGGCAAGCAGGACGUUACGGCAGGGCUGCAAGCCAGGACAUCGGGCUCGUCGAUGCUCAUCCUCUCCUGGCCAACAAGAAGGGCCAGCAAAACCUGGGGGAGUGUGGGACACAGAGACACAGAAGAAGCCCCACGUACCCGGGAGGCCUCCGCCUCCUCACAGCGCCCUCCCUUCCAUCCUGCCCAAGGAAUCCGAGGACGUCACUUGAGGAGGACGCAAUGCAAUUCAAGGAGCAGCACGUGUUAUGUCUGACUAAACUGUGCCGGGAAUGUGCUGCUGUCCACACUCUCCCGACAUCUCUGGGAAAAACGCUUCAUGCAGCAGCACAAGACUCACAACAACGCACUGCACUGCACGCCUUCCCCGGGCUGCAGGCUCCGCGUUUGCUGGGUGGGGCGAGGGCGAGGAGGAGGCGGAGGAGGAGGCGGGGAAGGAGGGGAAGGAGGUGAAGGAGGUGAAGGAGGAGGCGGAGACAGCGGCGGCGCCGCUCCCGCCCCUCCGCGGCGCUGCCAGCGCGGAGCUGCUGCCCGGCUGGUCCCGCCCCACCAGCCGGGAACCUCCUUUUCCGCCGGGAAGGCGACGCAGCGCUGCCCAAGAUGGUGGCGGGAGGGCUGUGCCUGUGUGGGCUCCUCAGAUUGCUGUGCUCAUUGUUACUCCCUGCAUUGUUUCUAAGUGGAAUUUUGUGCAUCUGCUUGGUGCUACUACUUUGUGGAGUACGGCUCUGGAUACAAAGGAAGAAACAGUUGAGCUCAGCAGGAAGAGAUGGGAAGCGGCCACUGCUGGUGGCAUUUUUUCACCCCUAUUGCAAUGCAGGAGGUGGAGGGGAGAGAGUCUUGUGGUGUGCCAUAAGAACGCUCCAGAAAAAGUACAGAAAUGUAACAUGUGUUGUUUACACUGGUGAUAGAGAUGCCACUGGAGAAGAAAUAGUAGAAGGCGCUUUCAGAAGAUUCAAUAUUAAGUUAAUCCAUCCUGUGAAAUUUGUAUUUCUACAAAAACGCUUCCUUGUGGAAGCUUCUCUUUAUCCUCACUUCACUUUGCUGGGACAAAGUUUAGGAUCAGUGUUCCUUGGCUGGGAAGCUCUUCUAAAGUGUGCUCCUGAUAUUUAUAUUGACUCAAUGGGUUAUGCCUUCACAAUUCCCCUCUUCAAAUACCUGGGAGGUUGUCGCGUUGGAUGCUACGUCCAUUAUCCCACAAUCAGCACGGAUAUGCUCUCUGUGGUGAGGAACCAGGAUACCAGGUUUAACAAUGCUGCCUUCAUUACAAGCAGUCCUCUCUUCAGCAAAUUUAAACUUGUCUACUACUACUUCUUUGCUUUCAUGUACGGGUUGGUUGGUUCCUGCAGUGAUGUGGUUAUGGUGAAUUCUUCUUGGACACUGAAUCACAUCCUUUCCCUCUGGAGAGCUGGGGCUUGCACUAGUGUUGUGUAUCCACCAUGCGAUGUUCAGGCUUUCCUGGAUAUUCCACUGGAAGUGGAAAAGAGCACCAGUGAAUAUUCCAUUGUUUCUGUCAGCCAAUUCAGGCCUGAAAAAGAUCAUCCUUUGCAAAUCAGAGCCUUUGCUAAAUUGCUGAAAGAGAAGAGAGUGGGGCAGGAGCCAUCACUGAAGCUGAUCUUAAUUGGUGGCUGUCGUAACCAGCAAGAUGAAGAGCGUGUAAACAACCUGAAAUGUCUGUGUGAAGAGCUGGGAGUUAGUGAUGAUGUGGUGUUCAGGAUUAACAUUCCCUUUGAGGAGCUGAAGAGACACCUGGCUGAGGCCACCAUUGGCCUGCACACCAUGUGGAAUGAGCACUUUGGGAUCGGAGUUGUUGAAUGUAUGGCAGCUGGCACAGUUAUCCUGGCUCACAAUUCUGGUGGCCCCAAAUUAGACAUCGUGGUACCCCAUGAAGGACGUGUUACAGGCUUCUUAGCAGAAGACGAGGACAGUUAUGCUGAGACAAUGGCUUACAUAUUUUCUUUGUCUCCUGAGAAAAGACUGGAGAUCAGAGAAAAUGCUCGUCGCUCUGUGCACAGGUUUUCUGACCAGCAUUUUGAAGACACAUUCCUGUUAUCCGUAGAGCCGUUAUUUAAAUAAGUGUAAAUAAGUAAUGAACAUGAGUAAAAUUAACUUUUUAUAUAUGACUGUAUGGCACAUGUAAAUAUAUCUAAGCUAUGAUUCCUUGGUUCCAUUAAAUAAAAAGUUGUUUUUCUUUC